GCAGAGUUGACGAGAAGCAGGAGAGAGGAGGAGGAGAGGGAGGGAGGAGGAGAGGGAGACAGGAGGAGGGGAGAGGGAGAGAGGGGGAGAGGAGUCGAUGAGAAGAGAGUAGCAGCAAAGCCAUUAGUUUGAUCCCUAGGGGGUCUGAGGGCUGCGAGCAUGCGCCUGCUCUGCCUCUGCCUCUUCCUCUGUUGGUUUUGUCCCCCCCCGACCUCUCGAGCUUUGUCAGUCCGAGAGCUGCAGGAUGGCAUUCCCCUGGUCUCCUCCUUCAGGUCGGGGACACAGCACUUCUUCCUGAUCAAGGUCAGCGACCAGCAAGGUCGCCCCUCCCCUGUCUCCAACGCUCUCGCGACGAAGAAGCUGUCGGUGCGGGUAGAGACGAAGCUGCAGGGCGUUGUGCUUGCUCUCUGUCACGAUCAGCUUCCCUGCGGCGGCAUCGAGUGCUCGUGUCCUCGCAAGCUGUUGGACGCAGGGGACAGCGAGGACAAGUUCGAUACGGAAAGGAGCGUGGAGGUCAGCCCUUGCGACCUCCUCCGAGGCUCCUGGUACAUCUCCGUCGAGAUCCCAGCCGCAGCCGCAAGCAUCGCAGGUUCCCAGGAAUUCUCUGUAGUGGCGAAGCUGAGCGACGGGCUGGUGAGAGUGGGAGCGACGGUGAAGGAGAGGGUCUGCUGCAUGCAGAGCAAGGUGCUGUGGGUUCAGAUCUCCGAGCCCAGGAGGGGCCACGAGCUGCGCGUCAAGCUCCUCACCGACGACCGCGUGCGCACUCAGAGCCCUCUGGUGCUGAGCGUCAGCUACAAUGGCUGCGAUGGCGAUGGACGCACGUUGGGAGCGAGCAUGGGAUCAGUGUUGACGCUUCCGCCAGACGAGGUGCACGAGGGCAGGCUGUGCAUCCGUGUUCGGGCCGUCAACCGCAACGGCGCUGAGUUCACUUUGUCAGUGUCGUAUCGCCCCGAACUCAAGUGGACGGUCGUCGCCUUCCUCGCCUCCACGUUGGUUCUCGUCGCUGGCACCUUCGCGGUUGUGUGCUUCAUCAAAGUUCGCCGUCGCUUCCACAAGUACCGCAUCUUCGCCGACGAGGUGAAGGACCGAAAGAGGAGCCUGAAGAUGGCAGUGAGAGACAAGGAGAGCCCCGACGAACCUCCGGGCAUGCGGCGUUUCACGCUUGUCGACAGCGACAGCAGCGACUCAGGGGAGGAGGUGGAGCUAGUGAGGGGAGUGAAUGCUUGAGCACGUGGAUCAUGUUUAUUACACUGCCUAUCUCGCC